GGGCUUAUUCAGUCAAAUUGAAAAAUUCAGGGAUUUAUCAAAACCCUUGCACACCAAAAUCCAAGGAGUGAGCGCUAAAGAUCGUGUUGUAUUGAAGUGUUCCUUUCCUUUGUUAGAAGCUCGUAAUUAUCUUACUCGAGUAUGAGUCGCCCUAUGGAAGAGGAUGCUCCUGCAAAGAACGAGGAAGAGGAGUUCAACACAGGUCCACUUUCCGUUUUGAUGUUGAGUGUAAAAAAUAACACACAGGUGCUCAUCAACUGCCGUAACAAUAAAAAGCUUUUGGGCCAUGUUAGGGCUUUUGAUCGUCACUGCAACAUGGUACUGGAAAAUGUACGAGAGAUGUGGACCGAGGUGCCCAAAACAGGAAAAGGAAAGAAGAAAGCUCUUCCAGUUAACAAGGAUCGAUUUAUUAGUAAGAUGUUUCUUCGUGGAGAUUCUGUGAUCAUUGUCCUCAGAAAUCCCAAGUAAAAGGUGUGUUGCAGGCAAACGACGUUGUGCAGCUCUUCAGCCUACAAUGAUUCGUGGUCCAAUGAUUUUGAUAUUUUUGCAGCUAGUUCUUGCAUGAGGCAUUUAAGCCUCAUAUAUGCAUUUGUAACAGUCUCUACUUGUCAUGAAAUAUAUUCGUAUGCUAUACUUUCCCUCUGUUGAAAGUAGCUGCUUAGGAGUUACUCUUUAUGUGGAAUGUGCUAUGUGAUACGUGAUGUUGGCCUAGUUUAUUUGGCAUCAUAAUCAAAGAUCAUACACUCAUGAUUGUUCAUCAGAAUAUAGAAAAUAAAUCUCUAUUUCUUUUUAUUAA